AGAUGGUCCACUUCGCAAACAGCCACAUAGCCUUCAUCACCCUGUUGGCACUUACAGCCAUAAAUUCAGGCGAGUCGACGAGUGUAAGUGCAAUUACAAGGAGACUUGCCAAAAUUAAUGGAGAAAUACCCGUGAUCAUUGCGGAUAUAAAAAAUUCAGAAGUGAAAGUGAAAAAUGCUACAGACAAGAUUCUCAGUCAAAAUGCAAGCUUACAAGGAGAAAUAAAAAAGUAUACGGACUGCCUGGAAAAUUCAUACAAGUAUGGUUGGGGAUCCGCGUCAUUUGACAAUUUACUUCUAAAUUUUCCCAGAGACCCUCAUAAGAAAUUAGUCGAUGCAAAAAACUGUCUCCAACAAGAAUUCUUGGAAUAUAAAAAGAAUAACAAAGCGUUCCCCACAAACAAAUGUUUCGUGAAUAUGCCUCCAGCACCUCAACCAGAUCUGCAUCAACUGAAUGUAGAAGUUUAUACAUUAUACGAUCACAGAUACUUGCUUACUAUUAAACUUUAUGGGAAAGCUCUGAACCAAAUUCUAUUGAAGGGGUUGUGAGGAAAUUGAGGAGAAGUUCCACGAUGAAUUUCAAAUGUUGGCAUAACACUGAAUACAUGUAGACUGUAGUAGCUUCCGUAAAUAUUUCAUUUUUAAUUUAAAUUAAAUAAAUCACUUUUCUGCU